AUGCGGUCCUUGGACCUGGCUUCUCAGCAAUUACUUCUCCGAAAUCAGAUAGUGACUGACCCAGACAACUUAAUGGAGGAUGCCGCUUGGGCCAAGCACUGUGAUCAGAAUUUAGUGGUCUCUGAUCCUCCCAGGGAAGAGGGAACCAGCAUUCUGAAAACAAAAAGGACUCAGGCAGCAAAUCAUCAGCCUAUCUUGAAAACAGUUAAGGAAUCAGAUGAGGAUUGUCAGCUGAGACUCAGUGACCGGAUACGAGAAGCCAGUGACCUUGAGGACUCCUGGGAUGAAUCCUCGGGUGCAGGGUGCUCUCAAGGGACCCCCAGCUACAGCAGCUCCCACAACCUUUUCAGAGGAGCAGUUGCUCCCUGUCAGAGCAGCACUAUCAGCAGACUGGGUGUGUCCAGUGAGCCCAGUCCCUGCACCAGCACCAGCCGAAACACUCCUGGUGUAGCCUCCACACAGCGGCCUCAAGUCUCCUCUUCCAGAGUUCGUUUUGUUUCUGGUGGAGAUAGGCCUUUGACCAGUGAGCCACCUCCAAGGUGGGCAAGGCGAAGAAGGCGUUCAGUGGCCAGGACUAUUGCUGCUGAACUGGCAGAAAACAGGAGAUUGGCUCGAGAACUUUCAAAGCGUGAGGAGGAAAAAUUGGACAGGCUGAUUGCUAUUGGUGAGGAGGCCAGUGCUCAGCAAGACACUGCCAAUGAGCUUCGCAGGGAUGCUGUGAUCGCAGUCAGACGUUUGGCAACAGCAGUGGAAGAGGCAACUGGUGCUUUUCAGCUAGGGCUUGAAAAAUUGCUUCAAAGGUUAAUUUCUAAUACCAAAAGUUAG